GCAGUAUGAUGUCUUGUUUUCAUUGGUGGAGAUCAGGAUAGGCGGUGCUAUAGGUACUGUCAAUACAUUACUCAAGCUGACUGAACGAAGGCUCCCACAGCGUAGUGGUGCGUGUGCAACUAUAUGUCGUGCUUCAUUGACCAUCAACACCCCCAUCACGUGACCAUAGUACCCCACGAACCUUAGGGUAGGGUUAGGUUAUUGUUGAAAUAAACUUUAUUUUAGUACAUACAUUUUCACCCUUAUCGUGAUCGGACUGUAGCAUAUAAUGAUGACGUCUAUUACGAGUUGCGCACGCAGCGCUACCCAGCGUGAGCUACGCUGGGGGAGCCUUCGUUCUGCAGCAAUACCUCUUUUGACAAGAGGACCAUUUUCUAGCCAGGUUUAGGUUUCAUACCGAGGUCUGCUUUGUGAUUGGACAGUACGAACAGUGUGCAGGAUUGUGCAGCUGCUUGAUUUUGUGUUCUGACUGAUGCAGACAAUAGUGCAAUGCAAGGAUGGGUUUCAGCAGCCGGCUUUCUGAACAAUGUGAAAUUGCACUAUAGUACGCGAAUCAACAGCUGAAUCUGAAAAUUGAGUGCAACAACCCCUCAGAACAUUGAAUUAAUUUACAACGUUCAUCUUGUUUUACCUGGAUGGAAUGCAGACAACAGAAAUCCAGCUUGCAUAACAUAAGGUGGAAGAAAACUGAAUAGAGAACCCUGCUUUCCGAACGCCCUUUCCUGUGAGAAGCACAAUGAGUUUGUCACCGCUUGUGUCUCGAGCUCCCAUGGACAUUCUUGAGGAGCUGCAGUGCAUUGCAGCCCAGAACCUGGAGAAACUAGAAGUUUCCAAGUACUACGAAGUCAUGAGGGAGCUGGGAAAGGGGACAUAUGGAAAGGUGGACCUGGUCAUCCAUAAAAUUAGAGGCACAAAAAUGGCACUGAAAUUCCUGAGGAAGAAAACAACAAAGCUCAAGAGUUUUCUUCGAGAGUACAGCAUCUCCCUCUACCUGUCUCCCUGCCCCUUCAUCAUCAACAUGUUCGGGAUUGCCUUUGAGACGGACGAGUACUACGUCUUUGCCCAGGAGUAUGCACUAGCAGGGGACCUGUUUGACAUUAUCCCACCUCAGGUGGGUCUUCCAGAAACAGUUGCAAAGCGUUGUGUCCAUCAAGUUGCCAUUGCCCUAGACUAUCUCCAUUGUAAGAAACUGGUGCACCGGGACAUUAAACCGGAAAACAUUCUUAUUUUUGACAAAGAAUGCAGGAAAGUCAAACUGUCCGAUUUUGGUAUGACCCGUAGGGCAGGCUCGCCCGUGAAGAGAGUCAGUGGAACUAUCCCAUACACUGCCCCGGAACUCUGCGACACAUCCAAGCACGACGGCUUCUGCGUGGAUUACAGCACUGACGUCUGGGCUUUCGGGGUGCUCCUGUUCUGUAUGUUAACAGGAAACUUUCCCUGGGAGAAGGCCCUUCCCUCGGACACCUUUUAUGAGGAGUUUGUCAGGUGGCAGAGGCGGCGAGCGGGCACGGUGCCGUCACAGUGGCGCAGGUUCACAGACGAGGCGCUCCACAUGUUCCGCAAGCUGCUGUCCAUCGAAGCAGAGAGGCGCUGCGCGGUCAAGGAGGUCUGCAGCUACUUCAGCCACUGCUGGAUGUUGGACAGUGAAAACAGCAACCAUCUUACCGACAUCAGCUCCUCGUCAUCUGAAGAAGAUUUAGUAGACCGCAUGAAGCAGCAGACCUUGUCCCCCAUGUGUGGGAUUGGAAAAGGCAACGUCAUAAGGGAGGGAUCCCCAAAUUUUUCCUCCAUGUCAACAGCGAGCUCCCUUUCCUCCACAAGCAGCUACGAGAGGGCGUCUAGAGAGAGCACCAGCAGCCGGAUCUUGGUGGCGACCCCAAUUGAAAUUUGCGUUUAGGAUUGAAAACCGGGCAGCCUUAAAUGUCUGAGAGGCUUCCUCACAAGAAUCUCCGUUUUGAAGGUUGUUUGGUAGUUAGCGUCCACAUCGGCAAGGUAGUACUAGCUAACUGCAGAACUAGAAACGAUAGAAAUGGGCUGCUUUUGAUAGUUACACGAUUAAGAGCUCCGAUGACAAUACAGACCCAUGUAUCGCAACUUCCUCAGUUCAAAUGUUUAACUCAUUCUGGGGAAACAUUUCAUAAAAUAUGUGUUGGGUUCCAUACAUUUCAGCAUAUCUAGUUUGACAUUCUUUAAAAAAAAAAAAAAAAACUAAAAACCUUACAGUUGACCAAAACUUCAUUUCUUAAAGCAAUAGAUUAAAUCUUUUCCUGCAAAAAAAGAAGAUAAAGGCACUGAGUUGCAAGGAUGUCAACCCUUCCAUCUUGUGGUUCUCUGUUAUGGAGUAAGCAUGAGAAAUUUGCACAGUACAAAGACAAAAAAAAAAAGAAAGCAAAAAUGUCAUUUUGACUGGUGUACAGUUUAGUUUAGUUGAGCUGUUUUCAAAUGCAGCACUAAGCAGAUUAUAUUGUAGAAUGGGGAAGUGUAUUUUAGUUUUGUUGGUUACUGUAAGUGCAAUGUGAAAUGUGGUACUACUGUGUGUUUGUAAGUAUGUAUAGACUGAAUCAUUUAGAAUUUAAGUAUAGAGCAACACGUUUGCAUUUAUUUAUUUAUGUAUUUAUUUAUUUAAAUCCAGAAUCCUUUAUUUAUAGUUAGUGCUAGUUGUUUCUUUUAAAUUAUUGGGUUUGCUUAUGUGCUAGUUGCCAAACAGUAUGACUACGUACAACUAACUGAUAUAAAAUUAGUUCUGUUCCCAUCCCAUUGUAAGUACUCAGAAGAGUUACUUUUGUCUUUCAACUAGGAUAGAGAAAAUUACCUCACAUUCAAACAGAAUGUGGGGUAAAAUACUCAUUUAUUACACAAAUUAUCAAUCCGUUAAAGGAGUGAACAAUUUCUAUUCAUUUGCUUUACCUCUUGUUUAUGUAACCAACAAUAUCUUUGGAAAUGUUCUGCUGAAAUCCUUUUAUUAUUAAAUUUGGCGGGUGCCUUUAUCAGGGCUUCUGUUCAUUGUGUGUUGAUUAUUAUUGAUAAUUGCAGCUUUGCAGAUUCAAAUUCAAAUAUUUCAACUAUAUACAGCUGCUUCAUCCCCCAACAAAAUAACGAAAAGAUCUUCAGAACAACAUGGCAGGGACCAGUAAGAAAGAUGCUAAUGCUAAAUAAGGUGAUUUAUUUAAAAACCUUGGUUAUCAAUCCUUUUAGUAAUAAGACCCUGUGGUUUAAGUGGCGCAGUCUGGAAACGUUCAACUUAGGCAGUUGAGCAUCUUCAAGCAAUGAGAUGGAAAAGUACUGUUCUGUACCGUUGUUCUGUUCACAUGAACAUUUUGCAGCUCUGCGGGACUAGAAAAGUGUGACAAAUUCAUCUCUUGGUUGAACCCAGAAAGGGUAUUUUGAGCCGACUUGUAUGAAAUUUUCAGGCUGAAUUGUUGCGAAGAAAGAUCAUUUUUGUAGCUUUCUACAUACAUUUUAAAUAUAAAAAUGGUGGUGUUUAACUUUAACCCAAUUGCUGUCGGAAGGGUUAUAUUGAUUUUAAUGUAUGAAAAAGGACAGAUCUACCCCUUAAGCUUUAUUUACUGCAGCACACCAUAGUAAAAGUGUAGUAAAGCAAAAUAAAAGUGCAGACCAGCAUUGCAAAGACACAGAUCUGGUAGACCAUUGUAUGACCCCUGUUGAGCCAUGUUCGCUUAAGCGUACUGUGUGGCACACCUUUCCAGGGUACACCUUUAUAAGAACAAUAAGGCAAUAUCCAGUUGGGAUAUUAUAGAAACACUGAAAUAACUUUGGAAAUGCCACCUUUAACAAGAAAGAAGUCACCCCAAAAACGUUCUUUACCAUAAGUACUAAUAACCUAGAUUGCUGGUUCGAAUGUCUGUCAAUUGCUGCCUUUUGGGAUUGAGAAAUAAAGAUAGCGAUGAAAUUGACCUACUUUCCCCUUCCCCAUAAAAGUACUAUUAAGUAAAAUAUUUAUGCUGAAAAAAGCAUCCUGCUAGAAUGUCUUGAAAUGCUACUGACAUAGUACUCAAGCAAGCCACUGCAGGAUGUUGUCCAAACUAGGAUAAAAAACAAACAUUUGAAUACGACUUAAACCUCUGUUUUAGUGUUUAUAUCUUUCUUUUUAUGGUAUUUCUACUGUUCUGUUGCUCCAGUGCUAACAUUUCAUUGUAUUUCUCCUUUUCUUUUGAAUUUACACAGAUAACCCUUAAGCCAACUUCCUGUGUUUCCUGAAUCCAGAAAAAAUCUUUUGAGACAUCACAGCAGGGUUCUGUUAAAGUCAGUUUCCAAUUUCUUUCAGUGAAUUUGAAUUGAUAUUCUAGAUACAUAAUCAUUUUUGUGAUUGUUCAACUGCUUUAAGUAAUGUGUUGCCGCUGUGAGAAGCUGAUUUUAACUGAACACUACUUAUUGCCAUUUUUUGAUCAAUGAUGUGUUGGAACUGAUUAAAAGUGAAUUGGAACUGGGAAUUGGUUUUAUAAAAGGAAGUGGAAUUGAAAAACAGGAAGUGACCCCAACCCUGCUUCACAGCUCUGUUGGUUCCCUUCUUUAUAGAGCAGGCGUACAGUUUGGAUUGUUCUAGACUCAGAAAGCACAGACAGUUCUGUCCUGUAGAGAGAUGUGUGGAGAAAAAAAGAUUACAUCAGUAUCGGAAACACCGUAAAAAGAGAGGAGGGAGAAGAAAGAUGAGGUCAAACACUUACUUAAAAUGCUUUGAUGCCAAUCCCUUUUUAAGAUAAUGGACUAUCAGAUUUUUUAUGACGUCUUGCACGGGUUGCAUCAGAAUUUAUUAGGUAAACUUUUGAAUCCAAAUUGGAUAGAUAGCUCUGCAGUUUCCAUUUUAGUUGGUUUAGUAGUUUAUGGCAAUGGCACACCCUUUAUUCUGUGAUAUAUAUAUAAUUUUAAUUUAACUUUUUAUGAUCAUUUUAAAUGUUUAGUUAGAAAUGAUUUUGAUGUCAGGAAGUCUGGUAAAGAAAUCUUAACUGGUACUUAAAAAAAAAAAAAAAAAAUAAUAAAAAAAAAAAACGUAUCUCUUAAAUUAUAAAAUGUGUAUUUAUACUGUACAAGAUAUGUGAAGCAGACAAAAAUUAUGCCGUAGCACAAGUUCUUGCAUACAGUUUUUUGUGACAGUUUGAGUACUUUCUCAAAAAAAUAAAUAGGGCUAAAAACUUUAAUUUAAACUGGUUUAAUUUCAUGUGAUGUAUUUGUAUAUAAGUUUAAUUACAUUUGAUCAAAUAUACUGCUGUGAGAAGCUGUUUUUCUUUUUACUGAUAAGUGUUGUGACAGAUUGAAAAUGUUAAAGGGCUUAAAGGCCUAAAAGAAAUACUUCAGCAGAACUAGUUAUCUGCUACAAGUCUGUUUGCCUCAUGAAAUAAAAAAACACAAAACAUUGAAUGUGUUUUCUAGGCAAAUUUGCAUGAAUUAAAAAUAUUGAUGUGUCUCUUUGUCUGGUUGCAUUAUCCCUUCUGCUUCCUUCAAGUUGGGUUUAAACCUUUCUCAAAUAAGCAUUUCCGCAGAGACCACAGGAAAACCUGUUUGGAAAAUAACCUUGAAUGAAAGACUUAUGUUUGUUACAUUUCCCACAGUCAUAAUUCACACGACACUACAGAUCUAAACUGGAACAGCAAAAGGGAUACAGCACCUAAUGUGUUCAACUUGAUCUCAAUGUUUUAAAAGUAUUUCAGUAAUAGAAACUGCUGAAUUAUAUUUGUUGUGUAUGAAUAGAGUGGCGCAGCUCCCUCUGUUGUUGCUUAAAACUAGGGAAUGUGUUGAGUAGUGGUUAGCACACUGUCAUAAUAUGUGUUGAAUAGUGGUUAGCACACUGUCAUAAUGUAAUGUGUUGCCUGUAUUACAAUGGCAUUUCUGUGUCUUUCUGUGAUGUAUUUUGGUGCACCAAUGUUUUAGUGGAGUUUUAACUGGUGGAUACAUGACGAUAGAACUACUGUCUAUUUCAGCCAUUGCAAUACGAUUGUCUUCCUGUAAUUCUUUCAAAUUUAAUUAAAAAGAAAAAAGAUGAGAAACUACUUCUUGAAAUGGACUAUUUUUCCAGCACAACCUACCUGGGCUUGACCAUGUAAAGCAUUGCAUUAUAAGAGAGAAUUCAGCUUCAAAGA